GGGCUGUGUCAGGUGGGGCUGGACAGACAGGGCCGGAAGGUGCACGCAGGAGGGGGCUGCACCCAGGUGGGUGUCCGAGGCACGGUCCCCUCCCGGAGGGCUGGCAGCCAGGGCUGCAACCACCACUCCGGGGGUUUGGAGCUCCCACCAGGUGGGCUCGGGCCCCGGCUGCCCGGCCGGACGCCAUGGACUGGAAGACGCUGCAGGCCCUGCUGAGCGGCGUGAACAAGUACUCCACGGCCUUCGGGCGCAUCUGGCUGUCGGUGGUGUUCGUCUUCCGGGUCCUGGUGUACGUGGUGGCCGCCGAGCGCGUGUGGGGUGACGAGCAGAAGGACUUCGACUGCAACACCAAGCAGCCCGGCUGCACCAACGUCUGCUACGACGACUUCUUCCCCAUCUCCAACAUCCGGCUCUGGGCGCUGCAGCUCAUCUUCGUCACCUGCCCGUCGCUGCUAGUCAUGCUGCAUGUGGCCUACCGCGAGGAGCGCGAGCGCCGCCACCGGCUCAAGCACGGGGACCAGUGCGCCCGGCUGUACGCCGACGCGGGCAAGAAGCACGGCGGCCUGUGGUGGACCUACCUGCUCAGCCUCGUCUUCAAGCUCGCCAUCGAGCUCCUCUUUCUGUACGUGCUGCACACGCUGUGGCGCGGCUUUGCCAUGCCGCGCCUGGUGCAGUGCGCCAACGUGGCCCCCUGCCCCAACGUGGUGGACUGCUACAUCGCGCGGCCCACCGAGAAGAAGGUCUUCACCUACUUCAUGGUGGGCGCCUCCGCCGUCUGCAUCGUGCUCACCAUCUGCGAGAUCUGCUAUCUCAUCUUCCACAGGCUCCUGCGCCGCGUAACCAGGAACAGGUCCCCCAAGAGCCGCGGCCCCCCAUCCUCCACCAGCCGGGCCUCCACCUGCCGCUGCCACCACAAGCUGGUGGACGCUGGAGAGCUGGGCUGCGACGGCGGUGACGACGAGGGGCACGCAUCAGCGCCCCACAUGACCCCCAUAUGACCUCCCCGGCGGGGCAGCGACCCUGGAGCUACCCCCGGGGCCAGGUACGGGGGCGGGGGGUCCUACAGGUGCUGGCUGCCCCCACUCUGAACUCACUCAUCUAUCCAGUUUCAUUUUAGGGGCAGACUUUUUGAGCACGGGGCACUGCGCCGUCUGCCUGGGGGUAAAUCGGAGCCCAGGAUGAGCGGCCGGCCCCUGGGGGACGCAGCCCCUGAAACAAGCCAGUCACCUGCCGCCUGCAAGGGGACACCUGGGGGGGCCCACGGGAGGCGGCGGCCGGCCGGGCGAGGCUUCCCCGAGGCAGUGGUGCUCUCUGGCAGAGAGAACAGCAGGUGCAGAGCCUCGGAGGCCACGAGGAGGGAGAUGCCUGUCCUGGUGGGACCCACCGGAUCCAAGGGAGUCCCCACUCCCUCCGGACGAGCGCCCAGCUUUCUGGGCUGGGGAGGAAGUCGUCCCAGCAGUGGGACAUCUGGAGGCCGGACAGUGAGCGCGUGAAGAGGAGCGGGAGGCGGCUCCGGGGACACUGGCUCCUGCCCGAGGGACGCCGUGACCUUCUCCGACCCCACGGCCCUCAGGGGAAGCCUGCGCAAUCCCAUUCUCUGCUGCGCCCCCAGGUUCAGGCAGCUUUGCUCCCAUCUGCCCCCCAGAUGUGCUGACCCGCCUCUGAGACCUGAGGCCGAUGCUCCUAGAAAUCAAUAAAGCCUGUGUUUUAUAGAGUGGC